AUGGAAAUGUCGCCUCGCAGCACUCAAUUAAUCAAUUAUCGACCAUUAAUCGAACCUUUUAAACAUGAUAUAAAUUCACCAACAAUAACAACAAACUCAAUACCUAUUGCUCAAGGAGGAAGAAAUAACAACAAUCAACAACAAAAUAAUUUAUUUCAUUCAUUUUCGACACCUUUGACAAGCGGAUUUUUGGAACAUUUUUGUGCUCUUCAUUUAAUUCCUUCAUCAAUAAAUAGUUUUGUAGAUAAAAAUGAUUGUAAUAGGAACAACAAUGGAAGCCGAAAUUUUGUUCGUUCAAAAUCCGACUCUGCUGCAUUAGAUUUAGUUGUAGAAAAACUUAGACCGAAAUAUAUUCCAUUCACUUCUCCAUUUGCAAGUGUUGAUUCAAUUUGUAGUCUUCUGACCAAGAAUGAAACAACAAAACAAUUUAUUCAACCUUCUGUUGAUGUUGCACCCUCCUUAAAUGAAGAAGACGAUGAAGAAUAUGAUUUUAUUUUACCUCCACCACAAACAUCAAGAAGAAAAUUGCGUAAUGUGCGAUUUGCUGAUGAAUGUGGAUUUAGACUGUCUACUGUGCGAAUAAUGACUGAGCCUAGCGAUUAUCCGCCUAAAAUUAGUCCAGCUGUUCUUCGUCGGAUAAAACGUGCAGCAAUGCAAAGUGAACUGAUUGACUCGAAUAAAACAAAAUCCGACGGGUGGACUAAUUCGGAUGAUGAGGAAGAAGAUUCUGGUGAUAAUGACUACGAAGAAUUUGAUGGUUUGGAUGAAGUCAAACGAAUUCAUCGCCGCUCUUCUUGGAAGCUUUGUUUCAAACAACCAGCUAGUGAAUAUCUAAAGUUUCGUGAAACGCUUGACAGAUUGAAGGUUGCAUUGGAAAAUGUUAUGCUUCGUAAUGAUUUGGGGCGUAUGAACGGGACGAUUAAGGUUGCCAACAUUGCUUAUGAGAAGAGUGUUUUUGUGCGCAUUAGUGACGACCGUUGGAGUACUUUUCGAGAUCGGCCGGCUAAAUACCAAUGUUCGCCUUCCAAAGCUUUUGACACUUUUCGAUUUGAUUUUGACAUUCCUCGAAAUGAUAAAUCGGAUUCACGUAUUGAGUUUUGUAUUUGCUACAAAGCAAAUAAUACUGAAUAUUGGGAUUCUAAUGAUGGCCAUAAUUUUGUGCUCACUCCAGAUGAACCAUUUCCUUUGUUAAUUUCUUCAUCACAGCACUUUAAAGACAUCAAAGUUUAUUAUUAAUUUAUAGUCUUUUUAUAAAAUCUCUCUCUCGGAUAUUUUUUAAAAACUCAUUUUUAGAGGUUUUACUUGAGAAUUUAUAUAUUUUAUUAAGUUUAAAAAAAUUUUAUAUUUUUUUUUCUUGCCUUAAUUUUAUGUAGUUAUAAAAAUACAGGGUGCACACUAAAACGUGAAUAUUCUAUCUUUAAUAUUUUUCGGGCCCUAUCGUCAGAUAUCUUGCAAUAGUGUGCCCUGGACAUUAUAUAUUUUUGCUUCAAGCAUUUUAUUUUUUCACUUUUUCUUGUGCCUUUUUGAAUAAAAUUUAAUAACUAAAGAAGGGUUAAUUAUUUUUUUAUUGUUGUUGGAAAAUCAAUUGAAUUCUUAUUGUUCAUAUUUUAUUGAAUGUUUAUCAUUAUAAUUUUUAGAAAAAUAUUUUGGAAUUUUUGAUGUGUCAAUAUGUCGAUUCAAUUUUACUAUAUGUGGAAGAUGACUCACCGUUAAGAAGAACUUCUACAUGCGGAAAUUUAUUGAUUUUAUUGAAUUAUUUUAUUGAAUGUU